AUGGCGCGCUCGAGGGGCUCUGCCUCAAGAUUCGAGUGGACCACAAUCCUCUACCUCCUUGUUGUCCUCGUCGCUCCCCUCGCGCUUCUCGGAACCGUCCGAGCAGAUGAACAAACCACACUGAAGGAUGAAACGAAUUAUGGGACUGUGAUUGGUAUUGAUCUGGGAACAACCUAUUCGUGCGUUGGUGUGAUGCACAACGGAAAAGUCGAAAUCAUUGUCAACGACCAGGGAAAUCGAAUAACACCCUCGUACGUGGCCUUUACGGAUGAAGAACGUUUAGUGGGAGAUGCAGCCAAGAACCAAUAUGCUGCAAACCCACAACGAACAAUCUUUGACAUCAAACGUAUGAUCGGUCGAAAAUUUGCUGACAAGGACGUUACCAACGACGCCAAACAUUUCCCAUUCAAGGUUGUCGAGAAAGAUGGCAAGCCUAUGGUCAAUGUGGAAGUGUCGGGAACAAAGAAGAAUUUUACUCCCGAGGAGAUCUCGGCCAUGAUUCUUGGAAAGAUGAAGGAGGUUGCUGAGAGUUAUCUGGGCAAGACAGUCACCCAUGCAGUCGUCACCGUCCCCGCAUAUUUCAAUGACAACCAGCGACAAGCCACCAAGGACGCUGGUACAAUCGCUGGAUUAAAUGUUCUACGAGUGGUCAACGAACCUACUGCGGCAGCUCUUGCCUACGGUCUAGACAAGAAAGGCGGUGAACGUCGAAUCAUUGUCUAUGAUCUAGGUGGUGGUACUUUCGAUGUUUCGCUGCUCUCUAUCGAGGAUGGCGUUUUCGAGGUGCAGGCUACCGCUGGAGACACUCAUCUGGGAGGGGAGGACUUUGAUCAACGGGUCAUCUCCUAUCUUGCUAAACAGUACAACAAGAAGAAUAAUGUGGACAUCACGAAGGACCUGAAGACAAUGGGCAAACUGAAGCGUGAGGUUGAAAAGGCCAAGCGAACUCUCUCCUCCCAGAUGUCUACCCGUAUUGAAAUCGAAGCCUUCCAUGAGGGCAAAGAUUUCUCCGAGACCCUCACCCGAGCCAAAUUUGAGGAACUCAACAUGGAUCUGUUCAAAAAGACCCUCAAGCCUGUGGAGCAGGUGCUGAAAGAUGCCAAGGCCAAGAAGAGUGACAUUGACGACAUUGUCCUGGUUGGUGGAUCUACUCGAAUUCCGAAGGUCCAGUCUAUGAUCGAAGAGUAUUUCGGCAAGAAAGCCAGCAAGGGUAUUAAUCCUGAUGAGGCUGUGGCUUAUGGUGCAGCUGUUCAGGCUGGUGUCUUGUCUGGAGAGGCUGCUACUGACGAGAUCGUGCUCAUGGAUGUUAACCCGUUGACUCUUGGAAUCGAAACUACCGGUGGUGUUAUGACCAGAUUGAUUCCCCGAAACACCAUUGUCCCCACCCGCAAGUCUCAGAUCUUCUCCACUGCGGCCGAUAACCAACCAGUGGUCCUAAUUCAAGUCUUCGAGGGUGAACGAUCUAUGACAAAGGAUAACAAUCUUCUGGGGAAAUUCGAGCUCACUGGCAUCCCUCCAGCUCCUCGUGGUGUUCCCCAGAUCGAAGUGUCGUUUGAAUUGGACGCAAACGGCAUUCUCAAGGUCUCUGCUGGUGACAAGGGCACUGGCAAAUCGGAAUCCAUCACCAUCACCAAUGACAAGGGUCGCCUGUCGCAAGAAGAGAUUGAACGCAUGGUCCAGGAAGCCGAGCAGUAUGCCGAUGAGGACAAAGCCGCUCGUGAGAAGAUUGAGGCUCGAAAUGGUCUUGAGAAUUAUGCAUUUAGCCUGAAGAAUCAAGUCAAUGAUGCUGAGGGCUUGGGUGGCAAGAUUGAUGACGAGGACAAGGAGACCAUCCUCGAAGCUGUCAAAGAGGCCAACGACUGGCUAGAGGAAAACGCCGCCACAGCCACCAGUGAGGAUUUCGAGGAGCAAAAGGAGAAACUGUCCAAUGUUGCAUAUCCAAUCACCAGUAAACUGUAUAGCGGAGGUGCAGGAGGCAUGCCAGACUAUGGCGAUGAUGAGCCAAGUGGGCAUGACGAGCUGUAG